CUGCGUUCCGAGGCGACGUGGCCUGGCACGGCGGAGCGACAUACCGCGUCCUCUCCAAUUCUCUCAGCGCGCUCUCUUCUCUGUCUCUUUCUUUCUCUCUUCCUCCUUCCUCCCCCCUCUCUCUGUCUUUUCGUCUUUCCGCUCCCUCUCACUGGAUCUCUCUGUCGCUCUCCCACUUCACCGCGUGUCCCUGUGCUCCUCUCUCGUCGCUGCCGCCUCCGUCCUUGCGCCUGACUCCUAUCCUUCUCUCCUUCUCUCCGUCCUGCAUCUCGUACGGUCCUCCUUGUCGCUCUAGCACCUGGCUCACGACGCGACGCAACGCGAGCCUCCGCUCCGGAUCGUUCGGUGACUUCGUCUACGCGUCGCCGCUUUCGUCGUCGUCGUCGUCGUCGUCGUCGUCGUCGUCGUCGUCGCGUCGUAUGCGAUAUACAUAUACACGCGUGCGUACGCUACGCGUGAGAAAGAGAGAGAAGGAGGAAUUCGCAGUGCCACGUUUCGAAUCGCGCCCGGUCGCCACUGUGUCGCGCAACGCGCGUGUGCCCGCCGCACGAGGAGUGAACUUGUGCUCGUGCGCGCUCGCGCACCGGAGGAUGCGGAGAACACAGCGGUCGCUCGCUCGCUCGUGUUUCAGUCUAGUGUGUUUGUUCGUUCCGCGGGUGUCAGUGACAUUAUUCUAGUCCAGUAGGUACGUAGUGGUUGGAGAGUACUGCAGUAACGUUGACGCAGGCAGAGUCCUCGCGAUACCGUUCCUCGGACACGGUUCUCCAUCCCCGUGCUGACAGGAGCACGCGACAGACAGGUCGGGUGUUUUUCGAGAAUUCACAAAGUGCCAUAUCGUAGGCGAGGUCGGGCGGAUAUACACGGCGCUCGCUCGCAUUUGCAUACACCGUACGGGCGUGCGCGCGCGCGCACGCGCGACAGGUUGGAAUUCGAAGGUGAGAGAAUCCUUGGCCGAUUCCACGAACAACGACGCGGGAGGGUCGAGAGAAACCGAUCGCGUUCCAGCAGCCGAAGCUGGCGCACGUCGUCGUCGGCGCCGCGGUAAACAGCAGCGCGAUAAUCGGCGGAUGAUCCCGCGUCGAGCAUUCCGUCGCGUCGCCGAGCAACGAAAAUAAGAGAACGAAACAAACGAGAAGCCACUCAUCGAACGAUCGAAUCAAAUACUGGAAGCUCCUCCGACUCGAAGGGUGAACCUCGAGGAAAGGAGAGAGAGAGAGAGAGAGAGAGAGACGGAAAGAGAGACAGGCAGAUGUUUGCGAAAAUACGCUCGAGCCAAGUGUAGCUCACGCUGAAGUCAAAAGGCAAUCGUACGGUGACUGGAUAAGCCAAAGGGACCAGUGCGCGAUUUUGUACACACGGGCGAACGUCGUCGGACGAUCGACGAGAUUGAACGAGUGUUGUUACGCCGCCGAAUAAUCAGCUUGGCGUGCGGCCGAGUUACGAGCGCGUCGUGCUUAUCAGACGCGCGGCGGGAAGCCAGUGUCGGUUCCGCGAUCGCGUCGAGCGCGCGUACAGUGUGUCAUGGUAGUUCGCGUGGCCGGGCAUGAACGUUGAAACUUGCACUCUCUUCUUCGCUGGGACGGCCCGGGGCCCGGAGAAGGACAGGAUGUCGACCCAGGCUUACUACAAGGAGCGGCUCGGUUUCGACCCGGCGGACACCGUGGCCGAGCAUCAGCGCGAGCAACGCUCCCAGCACGGCUACGAGGAGUCCCUCUCCAAGUUCAAAGGUCAGAAUGCAAACGGAUUCUCGGAGGACGGUCCGGGACGGUGGUGCAAUGGCGAUGUCGGGGAACACCGCGCCGGCAACACCCAGGCUUUCUGGGGCUGCUGGGCGAUGUUCAUUGAGGCGCACGACGAACGGGAUGCCAUACAGAAGAAGACCUUUACGAAGUGGGUGAACAAGCAUUUGAAAAAGCACUGGAAGUACGUCAAGACUUACACGUGCCUACACGUGUGCGUCCUUGUGAACAACCAACCAUGCUGUUCCCCCACCGCGAGCCGACAUGUUGGGGAUUUGUUCGAGGAUCUGCGCGACGGCCACAAUCUCAUCUCCUUGUUGGAAGUGCUCUCAGGCGAGCACCUUCCGCGGGAGAGGGGUCGAAUGCGUUUCCACAUGCUGCAAAACGUGCAGAUGGCCCUCGACUUUUUACGCUACAAGAAGAUCAAGCUGGUCAACAUCCGGGCGGAGGACAUCGUGGACGGUAAUCCGAAACUCACCCUCGGCCUGAUAUGGACGAUCAUCCUGCACUUCCAGAUAUCCGACAUAGUGGUGGGCCAAGAACCGAAUGUGACGGCGCGCGAAGCUCUGCUAAGAUGGGCCAGACGUUCGACCGCUCGUUAUCCUGGCGUGCGAGUGACCGAUUUCACCGGUUCCUGGAGAGACGGCUUGGCUUUCAGCGCUCUUCUACAUAGGAAUCGACCGGAUCUGGUCGACUGGAGAACAGCGCGUGCAAGCCAGCCGCGAGAACGGCUCGAUCGGGUCUUCUACGUCGCUGAGCGCGAGUACGGCGUUACCAGGCUUCUCGAUCCAGAAGAUGUUGAUACCCCUGAACCGGACGAGAAGUCUUUGAUAACGUACAUCUCUUCGCUCUACGACGUGUUCCCGGAGCCACCGGCCAUUCACCCUCUAUACGAUGCCGAGGCACAAAGACGAUCUGCGGAGUAUCGCGAACUGGCCAGCUCGCUUCACAUGUGGAUCCGCGAGAAGAUGGCACUAAUGCAAGAACGAUCCUUCCCGCCUACUCUGAUCGAAAUGAAGAAAUUGGCGGCGGACAGUACGAAGUUCAAGAACGAGGAGGUACCGCCGCGAUACAGAGAUAAACAGAGGUUGACAUACAUCUUCAGAGACCUGCAGAAGUAUUUUGAAGCGGUGGGUGAAGUGGACAUGGAACAGGAAUUGCACAUUGAUGUUAUAGACAAGAAUUGGAAUCGCCUAAUUAUGUUACACCAAGAACGCGAGCAGGCUAUUAUAGACGAAAUUAAACGACUCGAACGCUUGCAACGACUUGCCGAAAAGGUACAUCGCGAAAUGAAGACGACCGACAACAGACUGGAGGAACUUGAGAGACGUGUGGAGGACGAAGCUCGCAGACUCGAUCGCCUUCAUCCUCUGGAGGCGAAGCACGCGGUGGACCUGCUGGAACAGGACAUACGCAACACGGAAACUCAAAUACAGAAUAUAUUCACUGAUGUGCACACUCUGACGGAGGGUAGAUACAGUCAAGCUGCCGAGCUUCAUAAGAGAGUGCAAAAAUUGCAUCAAAGGUGGGUAGUACUACGGUCCCUUCUGCAUAGGCGUUUGGUACAGCCGUUGUCUGCAGUGUCUUUCCCCGUGGAAGAGCGCGUUGUGACGAAACACCGCACCACCGUCCAUGAAACCCGAUUGGUCGACACGAAUCCUCAUUUCCGCGCGUUGCACGACUGCAUAGACUGGUGCAAGAAUAAAUUGAAGCAUCUGCAAGAAGCGGAUUACGGAUCGGACUUGCCUAGCGUGCAAAAUGAAUUGGACGUACAUCACAGAGAGCAUAAGAACAUCGAUCAGUUCCAGGCUAAGGUCGAUAAAUGUGUACAGGCGAAGAACAACUUCCACGGGGAAGAGUUGACGCUGUACAGCCAGCAUCUUAGUACUUUGCAGAAACUCUACGCCGAGCUGCUCGCCGUCUCAAACAAGAGACUCUCCGAUCUGGACACUCUGCACGAUUUUAUACAGUCGGCGACUGGCGAGUUGGUUUGGUUGAACGCCAAGGAGGAGAUCGAAGUCAUGCGCGAUUGGAGUGACAAGAACCUCAAUGUACAGAGCAUCGAGCAAUAUUACGAGCAAACAUACGGAUCUGGCUUAGAGUCUUUAAUGAGCGAUUUGGAGAAGCGCGAGAUACAAUUCUCGGCGGUACAAGAUCGCGGUGAAGCGUUAGUCCUCCAGCAUCAUCCUGCGGCCAAAACUAUCGAAGCUUACAUGUCCGCGAUGCAGAGUCAAUGGGCUUGGCUUCUCCAACUUACUCUCUGCCUCGAAGUGCAUCUGAAACACGCUGCGCAAAACCAGCAGUUCUUCAAAGAUAUCCAACAAGCCGAACAGUGGAUUUCUAAACGGGAUGAGACACUGAACACCAUUUAUUCGCAGUCUGACUUUUCGUUGGACGAAGGAGAGCGUCUCUUGAAGGGCAUGCAAGAGCUGCGCGAAGAGCUUAAUAAUUAUGGCGAUCACGUACAGAGACUCGUGGAGAGAGCGAAGGACGUCGUCCCCAUGAAGCAACGCAAACAACCAGUUAUGCGACCGUUACAAGUGACCUGUAUCUGCAAUUACAAGCAAGUAAAUAUGUCCAUCGAGAAAGGGGAACAGUGCACGUUGUACGAUAAUUCCGGUAGAGUCAAGUGGCGUGUGAAGAACACGCAAGGUGUAGAAUCCCCCGUACCGGGUGUCUGCUUCGCCCUACAGUCUCCCGACAAAGAAGCGCUUGACGCCGCGGAAAGAUUGCGGCGACAGUAUGAUAGAAGUGUCGCUCUCUGGCAACGAAAACAGCUGCGACUCCGACAAAAUAUGAUAUUCGCGACCAUCAAAGUAGUUAAAGGUUGGGACUUGCCACAGUUCUUGGCCAUGGGACAAGAUCAACGUACUGCCAUUAGAAAAGCGUUGAAUGAGGACGCGGAUAAAUUGCUGUCCGAGGGAGACCCGGCGGAUCCGCAGCUGCGAAGAUUGAAGCGAGAAAUGGCGGACGUGAAUCGACUGUUCGAUGACUUUGAGAAGCGCGCCAGAGCGGAGGAAGAAUCGAAGAACGCCGGGCGUAUUUUCAAUGAUCAGGCGUCCACGUUACAGCAGGCACUCGAUGAGGCUGAGAGAGUACUGAAUGCGCGCAUAGCCGCACCCUUACCGCGCGAUCUCGACAGUUUGGAACAUCUGGUGCUGCAACACAAGGAUUACGAGCAAAAACUGCAUAGUCUAGCACCAGAAGUGGAGCAGAUGCAGCAAACGUUCCGUGGCAUCACUUUAAAGACACCAGCGAUGAGGAACAAGUUUGAUAACAUAAUGUCCAAAUGGAAUCACCUGUGGAACUUGAGCAGCUUGUACAUCGAGCGGCUGAAAUGCGUCGAGAUCGUGCUGUCUGGUCUCGAAGAGAAUACUGCAUCUAUCUCUGAGUUCGAGAUUAAGUUGGCCUCCUUCGGCGAAUUGCCGUCGGACGUGAAAGGCCUGCAAAUUGUAUUGGAAGAUCUGAUGGUCCUGCAGAAUGCUAUCGCACAACAGCAAGUAUCAGUAGAUCAGUUGAACGAUGACGCGCACAACGCCAGGCGUCUUGUGGAGAAGUCACGACCGAAUCAUCGCGGCCCACACGGUGAUAUGGACCGAUUGGACGCAGAGGUUAACAAAUUGAACGCUCGAUGGACAAACGUUUGCGGACAGUUAGUGGACAGAUUGCGUAGCGCCGAGACGGCCUAUGGAUUGGCGCAACAGUACAACACUUCGUAUCAGAAUGAGGUGGACUUUGUUGAUGAAUCCUACGGAAAACUGGAGCUGGAGAAUACGAAGAACCUGCUGAGUAAGGUGUUGGAUCGUGCGCCGGCGAUCGAGGCGGUGAAUAUCACGGGUGGUAGAUUGAUCCGCGAAGGAAAGAUCUAUGGACAAAGGCUCAGAGCGUUCAAAGAACAAUUGGAAGAUAUCUGCCCGUCGUUGGACGCAUCGGUGAAGAGGCCGCGAAGAGAUUCCGUUAUUACGGUCGAUAAUGUUGCGCGCGAUCUAGAUACGCUGAACCGAAGAUACACGACCCUCGUGAACCUGCUCGAGGAACGGGCCAGGCAGCUGGCGUUGCUCCAUCCUGAAGACACUUCCUUGCAGCGUGUUCUUCAAGAACAAAGGCCACUGCGAACGUUCCGCACCGAGUUCAACAUCUAUGAAAGCACCACCAGCGAGGAGCGUUACACCUCCACAACCACACACUACACUCAGUCGCAAUACACCUCGGAGCGACAUGAGUCCACCGAGACGACGUUCUCGAGCGAGACCUCGAGGCGAAGUCACAGCGCGGAGCAGGCCGCCGCGGGUCGUCCUAAUGGGGAGACCACGAGCCCUGCGAGCGCCGCUUCACCGCCCAUCGGCACCGUCGCCGGCACGAGCAUCCUCAAGCGCUCGUACGAAACCGAAACCACGAACACCGCCUCCUCCUCCUCGAGCAGGAGGCAGCAGCAACAAGACUUCUCGUCUGCGGUGGUGGACGGCGGGUCGCAGUUUAGCAGUAACGAACUUAGAGGUCUUGGGCGGGCACCGAGAGUGCCCGAGGACGGGGGUGGCGGUAUUGUCAGCGCGGAGAACGUGAUUGACGUUAGGGGUAUCGUAGAUCCGAGCAGCGGUGAGGUGUUGACUGUAGGCGAGGCGAUCCGGCGCCGGAUCCUCGACGUUAGGAACGGUAGGAUAGUGACAUCGAGCGACGGCAGGUCUUCGUCGUCGAGCAUGUCGAUCGAGGAGGCGGCGCGCGCCGGUUUCGUCGACGCUGCGCUGGCCGAUCGGCUGUUAGGUCCUUGCGGGGUGAACGACGAAGAGGGCGGCCGCCGGGUGAUGUCGCUUCUCGAGGCGAUCCAGCGGGAACUGUGCGACGCCGAGCGUGCCGACAUCGCGGACCGAGUAAAGGUAACCACGACGACACGCCGUAACGACGAGCGUGCCGAUAGCACCGUCAGCACCACGGGGGUUAGCGUUGUCGAUGCGAUGAGGGAGGGCUUGUUGGACCCGGCCACGGGCGAGGUGGUCGUCGAGAACGGCGAGCGAAUCUCGAUUGAGGAGGCGUACACACGCGGUUACCUUACCAAGGUAGACGUGACCGUCCGGGUGAGUCGUAACGCCGUCGCGCUGUCCGACGCGAUCGCGCAGGGUCUCGUGGACGAUCGGUCCGGUCGUGUCACCGAUCGCAUCACCGGCGAGUCUUAUCCGCUGGACGAGGCGGUCGACAAAGGUAUCAUCGACGCGAACGUGAAGGAGAUCGUGGACACACGCAACGACACCAAAGUGACAGUGGCGGAGGCCAUCAAGUGCGGCAUAUUGAACGCCAAGAACGGCCGAUACAUGCAUGGCUUGUCGAUGGAGAAGUUACCGUUCAAGGAAGCACGCCGUCGUCAGCUCAUCGUGAAACCGAUGACGCUUAAAGACUGUUGCGACCUGGAAAUCAUCGAUGACAAAGGCAAGAUUGCCAGCCCGGCUCAUCGUAGCAAACUGACGAUAGUCGAAGCCAUAUCCCGAGGUGUCUUGGACUCGGGCAACGUCAAGUCCAUAGUUGAUACUCGUACGGGCGAAAUGGUCACGUUAGCUGAUUCCUUGAACAGCGGUAUUAUCAAAGAUGAAGGCACGUAUUGCGACAUGCUGAAGGCCGUAGAGUAUCCUAUUCCUCAGGCUGUCGAGAAAGGCCUCAUCACGUCAGUGACUCAGAAGACCAUCUUCGACAUCGACGGCUUCAAGGACCCAGUCUCCGGAGAAUAUAUCAGCCUGAACGCGGCGUUGCUGAAAGGCCUGAUCAGCUCCAAGUCUGGCGGUACUUUUACGGUCGAUCUGGCUACCGGCGAGACCGUAUCACUGAGCGAGGCGGAGGAACGAGGAUACAUUAGGCCGGAAGUAUUGGAAAUGCUGAAUCGCGGCAUCGGCAUCACCGAGAACGGGCGUGAGGUGAGCGUGUUGGAGGCUGUGUUGCUCGGACUGCUCGAUUCGAAGUCCGGUCAGUUGUUGGACCCGCGUAACAAGAGGAUAGUGCCUUUAGAAGAAGCCAUCAAGCGCGGCCUGAUCACGCCCGACGGUGCCGCGCUGCUCACCAGCCUGCUGAAUAUCGCUGUCACCACGCAGACUGUCACAAAGACCGUCAAGAGGUACGUGACGGUAAUGGAGACUGGUGAGGUAACAAGAGACUACAAGAUUAGCUACGAAGAGGCAUUGAACAGCGGCUUCAUCGACGAAAGUACAAACGAGUUUCGAGAUCCCGACACGGGAGUAACGAUGAGCAUCGAAGACGCCAUUGAGCAGAGCUUGCUCGGCGAUGAUGCUACCCGACACAUUGCACACUCGUCUCGAGAACGCACUUUAGAUUCGUCACGCACGACCUUCGAAAGCACUUUCACGGCGGACGUCGACGACGUGCUCACAAGUCGUAGAAGCAGUUCGCCACCGAGGGCGAUUGGAACGGUCACUACUAUCAUUACCAAAGAGAUAGCUCCAAGAGCGUCUUCCACGCCGACGAAGGAGUCUUCUGUUACGAUGACGAUCGCACCGUCAUCGACGACUGCUUCUUCCGUCGUUUCUGUUUCUUCCGUGAGGGACUCGACUGCACUUACUGAUGUAAAGGAUUUGUCUUCCACAAAGGUUAGCGAGUCAAGCAAGUGGAUGUCCGAGAUCACGUCGAAAUCGAGUUCACUGGAGGAGACGCAUACAGUGACUCAUGAAGGUGCUUCUAAAUCGCCAUCCGAUGAGAAACCGAUGGAAGAAGGGAAGACUGUAUCAGUUACACCCAUUAGCCAUAUCUCCGAGAUCUCAAGAUUCGAGAAGGAACAUGCUUAUACCGAUAAAAGAGUGUUCGAAUUGCCUACAGACGGCUGGACAUUAUCCGAAGCUAUUGAUAGGAAACUUUUCGACCCCACAACAGGCCUCUUCAUAAUCCCUGGCACCGACAGAUUGGUCUCUUUCGAAGAAUGCAUCAAGCUUCAGAUCAUUAACUCGAACUCCGGCUUUGUUAUCGAUCCUAAUAACGGAAGGAAAGUGUCUUUAGUACGAAGCUUGGAGAAGAAUAUUUUGGACUCGACGGGUCACUACAAUUUCCCGCAAAAAAUCUCAAUGAAGGAAGCGAUCGCGGACGGGUUGGUUAUAUUAGAAAGUGGAACGAGCAUAGAGAAUGACAACACCAAUCAACGACUUCUUCAGAUAACGAGGGUGUCGGGUAAACCAGACAUAGUGCAGUUGACACGUGCCGGCGAUCCUUCCCAGCAAACAGAAAUCAAGACAACCGACGAAAUCUCGAUGCCGGAUCCCGUGCAGGUGACUCCAGGAGUAAUUUACGAUCCCGGAACGGCUCUAGUAAUCUCCACAAAGACUGGCAAAUCGACGAAUCUCUUGACUGCUAUUUCUGAGGGUACGCUGUCUCCCGCCACAGUAGUCGUCAAGGAUCCAACGACGGGCAAAGAUAUCGAUAUGGCAGACGCUGUGAAUCGUGGUAUUCUCGAUUUGAAUACACGUGAAUACAAGAUCGACGACGGCAGGAAGAUUUCGCUGCUCGAUGCGGCGAAAUUUGGAGUGGUGUCGGUUCUCGGCGCUCCUCUUGCCGCCGCAGCGGCUGCUGUAGAAGCGGUGCAGAGAACGAUGGUGAAAGAUCCUGUGACUGGUAAGAAAAUACCGAGGGAAGUCGCCAUUGAACGUGGUAUAAUCCCAAAGACAGACGAUAACGCAAGUUCACCAGUUGUCGAAUUUACGAGUGGUAUGCCUAACAAUAAGAACGAAACUGUUUCGCAAAUCAUAUACAGUGAACCUGAAAAGAUAGCUGAAGAAGAUACGAAGAUAUUGUCUAAAGAAGAUACGAAAAAUGUCACUUCCAGCGACUCGAUGAAAUUCAGCAGUGACUUGUCAGACGGCGAGAGUUUGGGCACAAAGACAAGGGCGCGAGUUACGGUCGAACCAAGAUAUCAGGUUACUAUCGGCAAAGCGAGGACCAUGUCGCAGAGUCCCGAACGAGAGGCGAAGCCUAUUGUCCUCCAGAAAAUGCGAAAGAGAAUAGUGAAGGUCGAGGAAGCAUUACAGAGUGGUCUGAUCGACAUGGAGACAGCGGAUGCCUUUGCCAAAGAGAUGUGCAACGAAGAAGGAGAACCGAUCACCCUCUCGGAGGCUAUUCGUGACAAUCGAAUCAAUGCCGAUCAAGGACAGAUCAUGGAUCCUCAGCGGCGCGACGUGCUCAGCAUCAAGCAGGCCAUUGAUCGCGGAAUCUUAGACCCGGAGAACGCGCACAUACUGGUACCCUUGGCGAAAAGCCUGUCUGUGCACAGCUUAUACAGGCAAGGCUUGUUAGAUCCUUUGGAAGGUAAAAUCGUACAUCCGGAGACAGGAGCACACCUCACUCUCAACGAGGCCAUAGUUUGCGAGAUAGUGGAUCCUUUGUCUAACCUCAUGUUUUCCGUCGACGGUCACAUGGAGACAUUACAGUCCGCGAUCGCGAAUGACACUAUCGACGCGGACAGAUCGUUAGUAAAAACUCAGAGCGGCAGCGUGAAUCUAGUAAAGGCGAUAGAGAACAAGGUAUUCCAGCUAAAGGAACCGACCGAAUCCUCCGACAUACCGCCAGUGGGCAUGACGUUUCCUGUUGCGUUGAAACGCGGCUUAAUAGACACCAGCAAGAAAGAAGUACGUCACCCGAUCACUGGGGAGCACCUGCCGUUGGAGGAAGCUAUAAAGGGAGAUUUCAUCAUGACGUUGCCUUAUCCAGUGGCUCCCGAUAGCAUAGAAAUCACGAAGGCUUUAGAAUCGGGAUUGAUCGACCGUGACAACGCCGUGUUCUUCCAUCCCACUACGGGAACUCCCAUCCCUAUAGCCGAGGCUGUUGAAUCCGGUCUGCUCAUCAUCAAACCGCCAGCUGACGGCGGAAACGCGAUAGCCGCUAUCACCGAGACAAUUACAUCAUAUCACACCAUCACGACCAAAACCGUCGAGCUCUUGCCGGGUUACGCGUUGAAGAGUGCAAUGGAAGUGCAAGACAUUAAUACCGGUAAUAUCAUCGCUAUCGACGAAGCUCGACGAAGAGGCAUUAUUAAGGACGAGUCUGAGAGCAAGCAGGAGUUCACCACGAAGGAUAUCAAAAUGUCCUUCGAUCACGCAGUGGAGAAAGGAUUCGUGGACAUGGAGACUGGUACUUACACUAAUCCUUGUACCGGCGCUACAAUGCCCAUCUCCAAAGCCGUCGAGGAAGGAAUCCUCGAUACUUCCUCCUCCACCAAGAGCGAAUCACCCAGGAAAUCGUCCAAUGGUAGUUUGACCGUGUUGGAAGCAGUGGAGCAGAUUUACGACGAGAAGACGGGAACAUUCAAAGAUCCCGAGACGAAGGAGUCUUAUAAUUUGACGGAAGCGAUGAAGGUAGGUUUGAUCGAGCCAGAUUCUGUGCUAUAUAACGUAAAGACCAAAGAAUCUAUUACCACAAAAGAGGCAGUGGAGAAAGGUCUGCUCGAUCCCGACACUGGUAAGAUGAGCACUGUACGUGAUGAGAAGAAUCGGCCGAUCAGCAUAGCGGAAGCCACGAAACUAGGUCUUCUCGCGGUAGUCGCCGCGCCAGUACUCGCUGGGAAAGCUAUCGUUGACGCGAUCACAAGUCACAAAUCCAAGGAGUUUAAGGCGAAUGUGCCUACGACGGCGAAAUCACCCGCAGCGAAGAAGGAACCAAGAUCGCCUACAGAGAUCUCUUCAACACAAAUCCGAAUUACCCAGAGGCCUCUUCGGAUCGAUUCUCACGAUAACGAGGCGCGUGUCUCUCAAGAAAGCGAGAAACCAAGCGCGGUUAGUGCUGGAACAUCAGCAAAGGUGCUGGAACAGACACCUUCGACAACCAAAGCAGGAGUAACUGUCUCUCAAUUGCCUCUAAGAGAAAGCGUACCCGCUGUAGUCGUUCGCAAGAUUGUACUUGACGAUCUUUCUUUAUCUGAAAAGGAAAGGAAACUUUUGCGAGAAGUAGAGACGAACGAUGACGAUGAAGUAAAGGAAAUCGCAGACGAAGAUGUUCCCAGGCAAGUUUCGGUAGUUAUCACGAAGGAACUGUCACCUCAGAUUCUCGCGGAGCUCGGCGUGUUCGAUCCAGUGAGAGAGAAAUUUUUGGACCCAGAGACUGGUAUCGUCACUUCAUUUAACGAUUUGGUCUUGAACCUCAGAGUAUUCGAUCCCGAUAGAGUAUUCGUCAAAGACUUGUCUUCGGACUCAUAUGUGCGACUGCAUGAGGCGAUUAGUAGACCUCUCGUGGACCGUAAUGUCGCUUACAUGGUCGACCCGAAGACCGGCAAGAAGAUACCGUUCUUUGAGGCAGUGCGUUUGGGAUGGAUCAUGCAAGAAUCGGAGGACGAGCCUCAGGAGGAACAGCUCACGGAGGAAUCACUGCCGUUGAGCUUGCAGGAAGCCAUUGACGCUGGUAUGUGCAAUCCAAUCACGGGAACGAUUUUAGAUCCUAAGUCGGGAGAAGCGUUGUCCAUGAGCGAAGCUAUCGACACGGGCGUCAUCGACGCUGAUGUGCUUGGCGUCAGGAAUCCAAUCACUGACGAAAUCGUGCCGCUUUCGGAGGCAUUGGAGACUGGUGUCGUGGAUCUUCGUAAGGGCGUCGUCAUCAAUAUAGAGACGAGAUCAGAAAUCGACAUUACUACUGCGUUCCUACGAGGCUUGAUUGUGCCUACCUCUCGUAAGCCGAUCUCACUGGAAGCCGUUAUCAGGAGAGGUCUCUAUGACGCUAAUACGGGUAAGAUACAGGAUCCACUGACCAAACAGUCGAUCGACGUCGAGGAGAGUGUUCACAGAGGUGUCGUCGAUGCUUUCAUUACCGAAAUCGAGGAUACGAAGGCCGGAUCGUCCGUUUCGCUGGACGAUGCACUAUCGGUGAACCUACUAAAUCCCAGCACAGGUCGUUUGCGCGAUACGAAAGCGGGAGAAUUGUUAUCUUUAGACGUUGCGCUUAACAGAGGUUUAAUUAUCACAACACCAUUCGUGCCUUCGCUGAUCGACGCGAUCGUUCAGGAAUACUACUCACCGAAGACCGGCCUCGUUUUGAAUCCCAUGACGGGCGAGGAUCUGACGCUGAAGGAGGCUUUAGCCGUAGGUUACGUCAAUGGCACCACAACAGUGGUCAAAGACGACAGAAAAGAUCAAGUUAUCUCCUUGGACGAGGCGCAAGACAGCAAACUGGUUGAUCCAGUAAGAGGGACGCUGACGUAUCCACAUGCGAUGACACUGGACAUCGCUUUCGAGAAAGGGUACAUCUUGAGCACUGUAAAACCGUGGACGCUGCAGGAGGCUUUGGCUCUUCAAGUUUACGACCCGAAAUCUGGUACUUUCUAUAUUGACAAAAACAACUAUACCUUAGAGGACGCAAUUGAGAAGGGCUUCAUUAGUAAAGACAGUCCGUCGAUUAAGGACCCACGAAACAGUGACAUCAUAUCGCUGGGCGACGCCAUCAAGCACGGCUUCAUCAACGCGAAGACCGGCACGGCUGUGGACCCGUGCACCAGUACACCUCUUUCGUUAACCGAUGCAUUGGAUCGCGGCUUCAUAGUGCCAGCGAAACGCAAGAUAUCCCUACCGGAAGCCGUCUUCAAGGGCUUAUAUGACCCUAAAACUGGGCAGUUCACCGUGCCCGAUACACAAGAGAAGCUUCCUACCGACCGCGCAAUCAAGAUGGGUGUAAUAGACGCCACGACCGCAAUUGUGCGAGACCCUAAUGGCGACGUAAUGACAUUCAACAAGGCUAUCAAGACGUCGAUAGUCGAUCCCAAAACCGGAACAGUCAGCUACGCGAGAGGACCUCCCGUGGACUUCCAGGAAGCGCUGGAACGCGGUCUACUGCUCGAAACUAGAAGACCUAUGAGCUUCAGCGAGGCGAUCUCGAAGGGUAUUCUCGACGAUAAGACCAACAAGUUCCUUGACCCGCAAACGGGCACUUAUUUAACGGUUCUAGAAGCCAUUCGGAAGAAUCUAAUAGACGCCGAUUCAGUCACCGUCAAAGAUACGAGGUCCAAUGUGUGGAAGACAAUGACGCUGAUGGAGGCUAUACAGUUGGAUUACGUGGAUGGCAUUACCGGUUACCUCAAGGAUCCUAAUAAGGGGGGCAGAAAUGUGUCUUUAAGAGAUGCCUUCGAAUCCGGCCUCAUCAUCGACAGUAGAGCCGCUGUGUCUUUACAACGCGCUAUUCAUCAAGGACUGUACGACGAUAACACCGGUAAGAUCACGGAUCCUAGCACGGGCAGGGCCGUGACGUUGCACGAGGCAAUGAGAAAGUGUGUCAUCAGUCCCACGUUGCCGUGUUAUUGGGACAAACGCGGCGAACGGUUGUUGUCGUUGGCCGAGACGUGUCGUGCCGGCGUGAUAGACAGGCGCACCGGCAUGUUCAAGGAAUCAGGUGCUAGUUGUUCGGUUUCUUUGUCGGUCGCGUUGCAACUCGGCCUGAUCGUCGAUAUUGAGAGCAUGGGUUUCGGUCUAUACGAGUCGAUCUUAAUGAAUAUGUACGAUGUUGGCACGGGUAAGUUCGUGCAUCCCACCAGCAAUCGUAAACUGACGCUGAGUGAGGCGUGUCAGGUGGACCUGAUCAAUCCUCUGACGUCGAUCGUCAAGUGCACCAGGUCGAACAAAUACAUGCAGCUGGCAGAGGCAAUUACCGCCGGCAUUGUUGAUGACAUUUGCGGUACAUACGUCAUCCGCGAGCUCGACAAAACGAUCGAUCUGUUGGACGCCACGAAGAAAGGUCUCAUCGUCACGUCGAAAACGCCAUUGUCGAUCGAAGAGGCCGUAAAAUGUCGCUUUUAUCGUGGCGACAGCGGCAAAUUUGCAAAUCCCGUCGCCAACGAAUAUCAUGACUUACUUCAGGCGAUCAACUGCGGCCUCAUAGACCCUGACACUACCGCCUUAAAGGACGCGACAACGGGACAGAUCAAGACGCUGUUGGCGGGUAUUGAAGAUGGUACGGUCGACGUACCUCGGGGCAGGAUAUUAGAUCCCAAGACGACUCGUGCCUUCAAUAUCGAUGUUGCGUUGGAACGAGGUCUGUUGGUAACGAUAGACAAACCCCUGGCGCAACAGUCGGUGCACAGAACGUCUCUGGAAGCCUUCAAAGCCGGACCCGGCGACAGAAGUGUCCGGGAAUGCACGUUGGAGGAAGCGAUCAACUAUGAGUUAGUUGAUCCGAACACAUCGGUCGUGCGAGACCCCAGAACCGGUCGAUUCGUUACGACAGCGCGCGCGAUAGCUGAUGAUGUUGUGGAUCCCUCAGUUAAAGGCACGGUCGAGCUGAUGAAUGGCAACGGCAAGAGAGAGCCGCGUUUCUUGCGUUUCGGAGAAGUCACAGUGUUUGUUAGGGAGCCCAUCGCUUUCGAUGUGGCGGUUGAGAAAGAGUAUCUAUCCUUGGACUCGUGCAAAUUCACGGAUCCGAUCACGAGUGAGCAAUUGACUCUGAAGGAGGCGGUUGGUCUCGGUAUCGUAGACUCUGAUUCGGCGUUGAUCAAAGAUUCGCAGAAGAAGAAACUGGUGAAGUUGCCGGAGGCGUUCCGCAAGGGUAUGAUGGAUGCGGAGAAGGGCAAUGUGCUGGAUACGGCCACGUCCAAGUUGUACAGCCUGUCACGGGCAUUGGAGACCGGCCUGUUGAUCACACCGAGGAACGGCGUCUCAUUCAUCGAGGCGUUGCAAUUCGGUCUCUACAAUCCCACUACAGGCAGCUUUCACGAUCCCUUCGUUGUCACUUCCGUAUUAGAUCGCAAGCGUCUCACACUGGCGGACGCGAUCGACUCGGGCCUGAUCGAUCCGUCCACCACUGUGAUCAGAGAUCCCUUCACGGGCGAUAUCGUGAGUCUCUUAGAGGCAGUGAAUAGCGGGAAGGUAGAUUCCGUAGAUGGCAGGUUAGUCGAAGACACGGACGGCAAGAGUAUCGACUUCGUGAAGGCCUUGGAACGGGGUUAUAUACUCGCCGCAGAAGCCAGGCAAGCGGUGGAGGAGAAAUAUAAACUGUGCGACGAGACGUUGUCUAAGCUCCUGCAAUGGAUCUCAGAGAUCGAGAACAAGCUGGCGAAUCAAGAUACCGUCAAAGAAGACGUCGAACAGUUAAGGAAGCAGAUACUUAUCAUGAAAGAGAUCAAGGAGGAUCUUGAAACGCACAAUCGGCCCGUUUCAUCCUGCUUAGAUCAGAUCCGGCAAGUUGUAUUAACUGGCAGCAACGUGUUAUCUAGUGACGAAGUGUCCACGCUGGAGAAGAAUGGUCGAUCUUUAAAGACUCGAUUCGACAAAGCGCUAGAUCGUGCUGACAAAUUGGUAAAACGUCUCACUGGCGCCAGAGACGAGCUAACGAAAUUCAAGAAUGAGCUCACGACAUUCUCGAUCUGGUUAGAAAAAGCCCGAAGCAUACUCGAGGAGAAAGAGCGUUCUUUAUCCGACCUGAACAAAUUAAGCAGUAGUACGGACACCACACGCGACUUCAUCAGCGAUGUGAUUGCUCAUCAAGCGGAUCUAAGAUUCAUCACAAUGGCGGCGCAGAAAUUCGUUGAUGAGAGUAAAGAGUAUCUUCAGGUUCUCAAUGACUUCAGAACCAGCUUACCGCAAAGACUACCGCACAAAGAGCCUACAGCCAGCCAGGAUUCGCCGGUACGAGCUGAGGUGUCUACCGCGACAGCACAAUAUAAAGAUUUGCUGUCCCGAGCAAAUCUCCUGUCAGAUAGGCUGUCUGGAGUUGGUGGCAAACAAAGAGAUUACCAUGAUUCCUUGGAAAAAGCUAGAGCAUGGUUGAGAGACGUCGAACCUAAGGUCCACAGGGUUAUCUCCGAGCCAAUUGCUGCUGAACCGAAACAAGUGGAGGACCAAUUGAGCAAAGCUAAGGCGUUGAACAACGAAUUCCUUGCUAAUGAACGUUUGGUCGAUAAUGCUAAACACAGCGUUGAAGCUUUAUUGCAUUCUUUGGAAGGCCAACUGACAAUCAACGAGGCUAACAAUCUCGAGGAACCGGUAAAAGCUCUGGAAGAUAAAUACAAACAACUCAGCAAUGCCUUGGCUGAGAAAUGUCAAGAACUGGAUACAGCGUUAGUGAGAAGUCAAGGAGUGCAAGAUGCAUUGGACGGUCUGGUUGCAUGGCUGAAUAACGUUGAGAGUCAGUUCAAAUCACUUCAACGUCCAGCGAGUUUGCAGAAGGAACGCCUGGAAGAGCAGCAAAGGGAACAGCGGUUGCUCCAGGCGGACUUGGAUAGCCAUCGUUUGAGUGUAGAAACCAUCACGGCUAAUGCUCAAGACCUCCUCCUGAACUCGAGUAACGUUCGCAUCGCCAAACGCAUUGAGAGCAAGCUGAAAGACGUACAAAGCAGAUUUGAGAAAUUGAUGGACAAGUCUCUGAGACGCGGCGAAUUCCUCGACGAAAUAGCACAAGCUCUGAACGAGUUCCUCGGAGAUGUGUCCAAAUUUGAGAGCUGGUACGCUCAUAUGAUGGAGGUGCUUGACUCGAGAGAUCUGAGCAAGCUCGAUGUAUCGGAAUACGAGACUAAGAUGGCUCGAUUGAUAGACAUGCGCGAGGAUCAACGCGGCAACUUCGAGGAUCUCGUACGUAAUGGAAAAAAUCUGAUCGCUAAGAAGGAUAUAACUGAAGCCGGCGCGAUCCGAGACAAGAUCAAGGCGCUCGAAUCUCAGUGGAAGGAACUGAACAAUCUUCUCGACGAGAAACAACGGUUGUGUAAAUCACGAGCGGAACAGCACACUGCGUAUGAGAAGCUGCGGGACCAAGUGCUCGAUUGGCUCACUCGUACAGAGAACAAGGUGCAAGGGCUCGAACCGGUAGCCGUAGACUUGGACAAACUUAAGAUGCAGCAGGAGGAACUAAAGCCUAUACAAAAAGAAUAUCGUGACUACGGCAACACGGUUGACAAGAUCAACGACCUUGGUAUCGCCUAUGAUAGCUUGAUGAAGGAACGUGGCGAAAGUCCGACGCGUCGUCGUGGUAGCACUAGCCCGACUAAGAGACCAGUACUGCGAAUGUCACAAGACGGUCGCUCGCCGUCACCCACUAAAUCCUACGCAGUUCAAAGUCCGGUCUCCCCAGGUGGUAGCAGUGGAUUCAGCAGUCGGCGUUCGAGCCAAGAUGGCUUCCAUCUAGAGGAUUUGUCGCCAGUUCAACAGCAACUUUCGGAAAUCAAUCACAGAUACGGAUUGCUUGGCGUUAGAUUGACAGAUCGUCAAACGGAAUUAGAUAACGUCAAGGAAGAAUUAAAGAAACAUUUGGAACAUUUAAAAAUACUUUCUCAAUUCCUGGAUAAGAUACAGCGGCAGUUGCCUAAGGAGAGUAUGCCGGCCACCAAAGACGACGCGGAUAAAACAGCCAAGCAAGUCAAGGUUCUCGUCGAGGAGAUGUACGAGAAGCAGUCUCUAUUGGACAGCACCCGGACACAAGUACGUGAUUUGGUCAGACGUAAAAAAGGAGCGGACGGUGUCGACAGGUUGAACGACGAAAUGGAAGAUGUCGCCAGCCGGUGGAGAUCGAUAUCGGACAGAUGCAAGGACAGAAUCAAAUUCUUGGAAGACAUCAAAGAUUUUUAUGAUACAUACGAGGGUCUUAAUUCUUGGCUUGGCGCCAAAGAACGUAUGCUGGGUGCUCUGGGACCUAUCUCGUCCGAUCCUCGCAUGGUCGCGAGCCAAGUGCAGCAAGUGCAAGUCCUUCGAGAGGAAUUCAGAACGCAGCAACCGCAGUUGGAUCAUCUGGUGCAAGUUGGGGAGAGCAUUCUUAUCACGAUAACUGUUGAUUCUGCGGACGGGCAGAAGAUCAACGCGAAAUUGCAGAGCAUUUUGCAGAGGUGGGCUGAUCAAGUUGGCAGAUUGGAUGAAAGAGCGCAAAGUUUGGGAGACGCUGUUGAUACUAGUCGUGAAUUUGAUGCCAGCCUCAAUCGGCUAAGAGAUGCUCUACAAGGCAUUUCAGACAACUUGGAUGAAUUGACUCUCGAGAAGGAUCCCGAGGAACAGCUUCGUAAGAUUGAGAAUCUGGAAAGGCAAUUAGAAGGACAGAGACCGCUGUUAGCAGACGCGGAAAUGGCUGGUGCACAACUGUGCGAGAUUCUGAGCGACCCAGCAUCAAAAUCCGAGAUUCAAGGAAAGCUUGCUGUAUUGGGAAAACUGUACAAUAACCUACAAAAGAAGUUGGAUCAUAGAAAGGCCGAGAUCGAAGGUAACCUUCGAGACGGUAGACAAUUCGAGGCUUCUUGCAGUCGGACUCUUGGAUGGCUCGCGGACGAACUCGGUAACAUGUCUGAGAAGCUACUGGUAUCCGCUGAUAGAGAAAUCUUGCAGCAACAGCUUGACCAUCAUGAGCCCGUGUAUCGAAAUGUAAUGGGUAAAGAGCACGAAGUCAUAAUGCUGCUGAAUAAAGGACGUGACAUACUCGCGCGAUCGCAGAAAGCAGAGAACCGCACACUUCAACGCGAUUUAGACAAAAUGCAAUCGCAAUGGGACCGUUUGAAGAAGGAUACCGUCGAAAGGCAUACCAGAUUGCAAACCUGCGCAGAGCAUUGUAAGAAAUACUACAAGGCUCAAGACGUGUUUCUUCCGUGGCUCCGACAGGCCGAAGACAAGUUGGAUAGUUUAAUUCCAACCUCAUUUAGACGCAAAGACAUUGAGAAGCAAUUGAAGGAAUUGUCGUCGUUCAGGAACGAGGUAUGGAAGCAUUCUGGAGAAUUUGAGAAUAACAAGACGCUCGGCGAGACAUUCGUCGGAGCUUGCGACAUCGAUAAACAGAACGUAAAGAACGAACUUGGCGCCAUGAAAACCAGAUGGGAUAAAUUAAAUAAUGACUUACUAUCUAGAACACAGUCUUUAGAGGAUACCGCACGUCACUUGAUGGAUUUCAACGAGAAUUUGCGCGACUUGCAGCAUGGUUUACAGCGUUGCGAAGAUAAGUUAGCUUCGCACGAUGCUCUUGGCGGCGCGGCUAAAGAUCCAAAACUUCUCGAUAGAAUAAAAAAUUUGCGAGAAGAAACAACGAGCUUGAAGAAACCUUUGCAAUGCGUGAGACAACAGGCUAACGAUCUUGUGAACAAAGCUAGUGAACAAGGUGUCGAUGCAUCACAUCUACAAGACGAAAUCGACAAUGUCACGGAUCGCAUUAAUGACUUGCAAGCGAAACUAGACGACCGAUGUAACGAGUUGCAAAGCGCAGCAACAGCCGUCGCGCAGUUCAAUGAUCAGGCGAAAUUGAUCAGUCAACAUCUGUCUGCUCUGGAGAAAGAUCUAGACUCAAUGAAGGCACCUGGCAGAGAAAUUAAGAUCGUUCGCGGCCAAUUGGAAGAUAUUGCCAAAGUUAUCGGCAAGAUCGUGAAACUCUACGAGGAAAUUGGCGAUUUGGAGAGUCGCGGCGAACGUUUAGUCGAUUACGGUUUCGCCGCUGACGCUGUAGCAACCAGAGAUCAAGUUGAAGGAUUCAAACGACAGAUUGGAAAGCUAGACGAGCGUGCGCGUACUCGAGAGGACGAACUCACUGCCACUUUGAAUAAAUUGCAAGAAUUUUAUCAAUCGCACGCGGACGUUAUGGAAGGCAUUAGCGAUGCUAACGAGCAAGUGAGGAAAUUCAAGCCUGUUGGAUCCGAAGUAGAUUCGAUUAAAGUUCAGCAGGAAGACUUCAGGGCUCUCAAAGUGAAAAAGAUCGAGCCACUGGCGCACGCUGUUGAAGAGUGCAAUGCGCUUGGUCAAGGUCUCAUACAAACUGCGGGACGAGAUGUCAACACCAGUAAUAUCGAGAAGGAUGUCGAUAGAAUGAACGAAAGAUGGAAUGAUCUGAAAGACCGAUUGAACGAGCGAGAUCGCAAAUUGGACGUCGGAUUGCUGCAGUCGGGCAAGUUCCAAGAGGCUUUAGACGGUUUAGAGAAGUGGCUAACCGAUACGGAAGAGAUGGUUUCAAAUCAGAAACCGCCAUCCUCGGAUUACAAAGUCGUCAAGGCGCAGCUGCAGGAACAAAAGUUCUUGAAGAAGAUGCUGUUGGACCGUCAGAAUUCUAUGUCGUCCCUUUAUACUAUGGGACAAGAAGUAGCUGCUGACGCAGACCCGAAAGAGCGUAAAGCCAUCGAGAAACAAUUGAACAAUCUGGUAGGCAGAUUCGAUAAUCUGACGGAGAGUGCCGCGGAGAGAAUGGACGCGCUCGAGCAGGCAAUGGCAGUGGCGAAGCAGUUCCAAGAUAAAUUAGUGCCGCUCGCGAUCUGGUUGGACAAGACCGAGAAGAGAGUGAGGGAUAUGGAAUUGGUGCCUACUGACGAAGAAAAAAUACAACAACGUGUCAGUGAGCAUGAUAUGCUUCAUGAGGACAUUAUAUCCAAGACACCAGAUUUCAGCGAACUUACGGAGAUAGCCAGCCAACUUAUGUCGCUCGUGGGCGAAGAUGAAGCCGCCACGUUAGCUGAUAAGCUUCAAGAUGCGGCUGACAGAUACGCUGCUUUGGUCGAACGAUCGGAAGCUCUUGGCAGCUUGCUGCAACGUUCAAGACAGGGCUUGCGUCACUUGGUACUCACGUAUCAAGACCUACAAGCAUGGAUGGACAGCAUGGAGAUUCGGUUGUCCAAGUAUCGCAUCUUGGCUGUACACACAGAGAAGCUUUUGCAGCAGAUGGAAGACCUCGCGGAUCUCACCGAAGAGGUUUCCACGCGGCAAACAGAGGUUGACAGUACCGUGGAUUGCGGUUUGGAGCUGAUGAAACACAUCUCGAGCGACGAGGCACUCCAACUUAAGGACAAGUUGGAUUCCCUGCAACGACGCUUCAACGAUCUCGUCACGCGCGGUUCGGAUCUUUUAAAACACGCUCAAGAAUCUUUGCCUUUGGUGCAACAAUUCCACGAUAAUCACAAUCGACUCAUGGAUUGGAUGCAGGGCGCGGAAUCCGCCUUGCAGUCCGCUGAGCCUCGCGAGGAAGAAAUCAUCCGACUCGAGAUGGAGAUAUCCGAAUACAGACCUGUCCUAGACAAGAUCAACGCAGUAGGCCCUCAAUUGUGCCAAAUGUCGCCGGGAGAAGGUGCCGCGACCAUCGAGGGUCUUGUGACCAGAGAUAACAGGCGGUUCGACGCGAUCGCCGAACAAAUUCAAAGGAAGGCCGAAAGAAUUCAGCUGAGCAAGCAGCGAUCCUUGGAGGUAAUCGGAGAUAUUGAUGACCUGCUUGAUUGGUUCCGUGAGGUCGACAAUCAGCUGCGAGAGGCUGAACCGCCCAGCAGCGAGCCCGAAAUCAUCAGAGUGCAAUUAAAAGAGCACAAAGCGCUCAACGAUGACAUAUCUAGCCAAAAGGGUAGAGUCCGAGAUGUCAUUUCAACGGCGAAGAAGGUGAUACGCGAAAGUACUCAGCAUGAAGACACGUCUACAAUCAGAGACAAGAUGGAAGAUCUUCGUGAAACAAUGGAGAUAGUCUCGGGUCUCUCGACAGACAGACUGGGAGCUUUGGAGCAAGCAUUACCAUUGGCUGAGCAUCUUCGCGAUACUCACGCUGGCUUAGUUAGCUGGCUCGAGGAAGCUGAACAGCAAGUCGCCAUGCUACCCAUGCCUGCUUUACGACCCGAUUUGAUAGCGGUGCAACAAGACAAGAACGAACUUCUCAUACAAAGCAUCAACGAGCACAAACCUCUGGUAGAGAAGCUGAACAAGACCGGCGAGGCUCUUAUCAAGUUGUGCAACGAGGAGGAAGGUAUGAAGGUGCAAGACAUUCUGGAGAACGACAAUGCUCGCUACGCAGCAUUGAGAGCUGAACUCAGAGCUCGACAACAGACGCUAGAACAAGCCCUACAGGAAUCCUCGCAGUUCUCGGAUAAGCUCGAAGGUAUGUUGCGUGCGUUGUCCUCCACCGCCGACCAGGUAAACGGCGCUGAACCCAUCAGUGCCCAUCCCACACGUCUGCGUGACCAAAUGGAAGAGAACGCGGCGUUGGCGGACGAUCUCGCCCAGAGAUCCGAGGCUUACGCGGCCGUGAAGAAAGCCGCAGACGACGUGAUCAGCAAGGCUGGUAACAGGGCCGAUCCGGCGGUGAAAGACAUCAAGCGCAAGUUAGAAAAGCUUAAUAAAUUAUGGAGCGAUGUGCAAAAGGCCACGACCGACCGCGGCCACACCUUGGACGACACCUUGAUCGUUGCUGAGAAGUUUUGGGCUGAGUUGAAUGGCGUGAUGGCCACCCUGAGAGAACUACAGGAUGCGCUCGCUGGACAAGCGCCGCCGGCGGCACAACCGGCCGCUAUUCAGCAGCAGCAAGUGGCAUUGCAAGAGAUCAGGCAAGAGAUCGACCAGACCAAACCGGACGUCGAGCAAGUCCGUGCGUCUGGACACGAAUUGAUGGGCCUGUGUGGCGAACCGGACAAACCCGAAGUACGAAAACACAUCGAGGACUUGGAUCAGGCCUGGGACAAUGUGACUGCGCUAUAUGCCAGGCGCGAGGAGAACCUCAUCGACGCUAUGGAGAAAGCGAUGGAGUUUCACGAAACGUUGCAGAAUCUGUUGGAGUUCUUGCAAGAAGCCGAGGACCGAUUUGCCGACAUGGGUCCGCUCGGCAGCGAUAUCGAUGAGGUGAAGAAGCAGAUCAAACAGUUGGCCAACUUCAAAGCCGAAGUGGAUCCACACAUGGUGAAAGUCGAGGCCUUGAACAGGAGUCUGACAAGGCAAGCAGCCGAAUUGACAGAAAGAACAUCCUCAGAACAAGCGGCAGCUAUCAAGGAGCCCCUUGGUGCGGUGAACAAACGAUGGGAUGGAUUACUGAGGGGUCUCGUGGAGAGACAACGAUUACUGGAGAAUGCAUUAUUGCGUCUCGGCCAAUUCCAGCACGCUUUAGAUGAACUCUUGGUAUGGAUCGAGAAGACUGACAAGACUCUGGACAAUCUGAAACCGGUAGCCGGCGAUCCGCAAGUGAUCGAGGUUGAGUUGGCCAAAUUGAAGGUGUUGGUGAACGACAUACAAGCACAUCAGACGAGCGUCGACACCCUCAACGAUGCCGGACGUCAACUGAUCGAAGAUGGCAAGGGCACCGCCGAAGCGUCUACCACAGCUGACAAAUUGGGCACUCUGAAUCGCCGUUGGCGCGAUCUGCUGCAGCGCGCUGCCGAUCGUCAACGAGAGUUGGAGGAUGCUCUACGAGAGGCGCAAUCCUUUACUGCCGAGAUACAAGACUUGCUAUCGUGGUUAGGUGACGUAGAUAACAUGAUAGUGGCAUCUAAACCUGUUGGUGGACUGCCUGAGACCGCAUCUGAACAGCUAGAACGCUUCAUGGAAGUGUACAAUGAACUGGAACAGAAUCGUCCGAAAGUCGAGACGGUAUUGCAACAAGGACAGGAGUACCUGAAGAGAGCGGAUACGAGCAGUGCCGGCGGACUAAAUCACAAUCUGCGAACUUUGAAGCAGAAAUGGGACAACGUAAUUUCGCGUGCCAGUGACAAAAAGAUAAAGCUGGAGAUCGCUCUGAAAGAAGCUACCGAAUUCCAUGAUGCGUUACAAGCGUUUAUGACCUGGUUGACUAACGCUGAGAAGAUUUUAACGAAUCUUAAGCCCGUCUCAAGGGUCAUGGAGACCAUACUUCAGCAGAUCGAAGAACACAAAGCGUUCCAGAAGGAUGUCGGCGUUCAUCGAGAGACCAUGCUGAAUCUCGAUAAGAAGGGAACUCACCUCAAAUACUUCUCCCAGAAACAGGAUGUGAUUCUCAUAAGGAACUUGCUCGUGAGCGUGCAGCACAGAUGGGAACGAGUGGUCUCCAAGUCAGCCGAGAGAACGAGGGCUUUGGAUCACGGUUACAAGGAGGCCCGAGAAUUCCACGAUACGUGGUCGAAUCUGAUGAACUGGCUGGAUGAGACUGAGAGGACGCUGGACGAAGUCGCCGCAGACGGACUCGGUGGUAAUGAUCCAGACAAGAUCAAGUCGCGCCUGAACAAACAUCGUGAGAUACAGAAAGCGUUGAGCGCCAAGCAGAGCACAUACGACACUACCAUGAAGAACGGCAAAGUGCUUAAAGACAAGGCGCCGAAGAGUGACGAACCCGCGUUGCGUGAACUGUUGAAUGAAUUGAAGAACAAGUGGACUACGGUCUGCGGAAAAUGUGUAGACAGACAGAGGAAGUUAGAGGAAGCAUUGUUGUUCUCCGGACAAUUCAAGGACGCGAUUCAAGCAUUAUUGGAAUGGCUAAGCAAGACUGAGAAGUACUUGGCCAACACUGGACCGCUCUAUGGCGAUUUGGAUACGGUAACUAAUCUGGUAGAGCAGCACAAGACUUUCGAAAAAGACCUGGAGUCUCGCGCCUCGCAAAUGGAAUCUGUCAUCAAGACGGGUCGCGAGCUAGAGUCCAAAGCCAGCAUUGAGGACGCAUCGAUGAUCCGAUCGCAGUUGUCCGAACUAAACAGUCUUUGGGACAGAGUCACUAGUCUUUCGUCGAAGAAGUCUUCAUUAUUGGAAGAAGCUCUCAGGGAAGCCGAGCGGCUACACAAAGCUGUCCAUGUAUUACUGGAAUGGCUGAGCGAUGCGGAGAUGAAAUUACGAUUCGCCGGACCUCUGCCAGAGGACGAGCAGGAGAGCAGGAACCAGUUGAUGGAGCACUCGCGAUUUCUACGCGAAUUGCAAGCUAAGGAAAUCGAGAAGGAUAACACAUUGGAGUUGGCGCAUAUCAUUCUCGGAAAGGCACAUCCCGAUGGUGCAGCUGUUAUCAAACAUUGGAUCACGAUUAUCCAGUCCAGGUGGGAGGAAGUAGCGACAUGGGCUUACCAGAGAAAUCAAAGACUGGAAAAUCAUAUGCAGGGACUACAGGAUCUUGACAAUCUACUUGAGGAACUAUUGGCUUGGCUCGAAGGUUUGGAGAAUACUUUGAACGCCUUAGAAGCAGAACCUUUGCCCGACGAUCGGGCUACACUCGAGAUGCUCAUCGCCGAUCAUAGAGAGUUCAUGGAGAAUACCAGCCGAAGACAGAACGAGGUUGAUCGCGUAUGCAAGGCUCGACAAAUUAAGCCGAUAAAGGAUACAAGAAAGAUAUCGAAAGUUAAAUCACCAGCACCUAUUAAGGAUCACUAUCAGGAUAGCGAGCAUGAGCAGCCUCAACCUCGUAAACAAAGCCGAGGCAGCCCAGGUCGUGACAGAACUCCAGACCUUUCAUUGCCGCACAUCGGUCCACGCUUCCCACCCAAAGGAAGCAAAGGAGCCGAACCGGAAUUCCGUAGUCCGAGAGUUAAGCUGCUCUGGGAUAAAUGGCGCCACGUUUGGAUGCUAGCAUGGGAACGUCAACGUCGGCUGCAGGACAAGUAUAAUUACAUUCAAGAGUUGGAUCGUGUCGCCAACUUUAGUUGGGAAGAUUGGCGCAAACGGUUCCUGAAGUUCAUGAAUCAUAAGAAAUCCAGGCUGACCGACCUAUUCCGAAAAAUGGAUAAGAAUAAUGACGGGCUGAUUCCGAGAGAGGACUUCAUUCAAGGAAUUAUGAACACCAAAUUCGAGACCUCUCGUCUGGAGAUGGGCGCCGUUGCCGAUCUAUUCGAUCGUCAUGGUGAAGGUCUCAUAGACUGGAAAGAAUUCAUUGCCGCUCUGCGACCCGAUUGGGAAGAACGGCGAACGUAUAACGACACGGACAAAAUACAUGACGAGGUCAAACGACUGGUCAUGCUGUGCACCUGUCGCCAAAAGUUCCGAGUUUUCCAAGUUGGCGAAGGAAAGUACAGGUUCGGUGAUAGCCAGAAGCUACGAUUGGUUCGAAUCCUGCGCUCCACCGUCAUGGUGCGCGUUGGUGGAGGCUGGGUAGCGCUAGACGAAUUCCUACUGAAGAACGACCCGUGCCGCGUUUUUCUAAUGCCAAUACCGGAUCCUAACAAACCGGAACAACAUGAGGGUUGGUGUCCGCUCGCCAAGGGAAGAACGAAUAUCGAGCUGCGGGAGCAAUUCAUACUGGCGGAUGGUGUUAGCCAGACUAUGACGGCCUUCCGAUCCAAGCCGAGCCCGACCUCGACGUUGCAGCGUACGCAAAUGUCCUCCACCAAUGCCGGACCGAUCACCAAGGUAAGAGAACGCAGCGCUCGCAGUGUACCUAUGGGUCAAUCGCGAGCUUCGCGCUCAUCCUUGAGCGCCGGCACGCCGGACAGCCUUAGCGACAACGAAAGUUCCUUCAAGAUAUCCGCUAGGAAAACCAGCACGCCUUACAGAUCUACUGUGACGCCCGGUGGUAGCCGUCCAUCCAGCAGGCCAACCUCAAGACCUGCCUCACGACCUGCCAGUAGGCCGAACAGCCGACCUGCGUCGAGACAAGGAAGCAAACCACCUAGUCGUUAUGGAUCUACGCAAUCAUUGGACGACGAUUCGUGCACCCCGAGUCGCAUUCCACGAAGGACCAUCGUGGGCUCCGGCAAUACUCCGACGUCCAGCAGGCACAACAGCAUAUCCGGCAGGAAGCUCGCGACUCCGAUGAACGGCUCGAGCUCUCGACCUCGCACCCCUACCGGAUUGGUUAGCCCCGCAAGUGGGGUGCCUUCCAGGUUUGGCUCAAUCCAUAGAGCUUCGAGCAUUCCAACCCUGACUGGUGUCGGAACACCGAUCAGCCGCUCUAGGAUACCCGUAUAUGUGGGGGUGGAUAUAAAAUCUCCUCAGUCGACCACCAGCAAUAUGUCGACUCAUUCAACCCAAAGCAACCAUUCUACGAUCUCUACUGAUUCCACUGGGAGCAGUUCCGUGUGUACAAAUUCAGCGACUAACAUACCAUCAGCCGUUAAACAAACUAGGGUACGCACACCGUCCAGUGGAUCUAGCACGCCGUUGCCGCCGUCCUCGAAAUUAUCGAGGAAACCCUCCGGAGCAUCCGACACGUCCGUGUCGGGCACCGCUUCGAGCGCGAGGAAAGGAAAGCCCACGCCAAUUGAACAACGCGCGCCGUUCCGAUUGUAAUAGCUUAUUAACGGAUAAACACAUAGCUUGUAAAACCCGCGUUACUAUAUAUCAAAACGAGAAAAUAAAUAUAAAACGUCCCCGUCGCAGACUUAAGGAAGAUUGCAUGGGUAUUACAGGGAACAUAUGAAUAUAUAGUUGUUAUGUUGCAUUAUCAAGGGGAGAGAAAGAGAAACAGGAGUGGAUGUAAUAUGUGGAUGAUAUGCUAAAUCGACCAGAUUUCAUUUGGAGGCAAAUGACGAAUCUAUAAAUUACGACACGGCUUUUUUUAUCAUUUCUGAGUUCCGCCAAGUACGGAAUGCCAUUAAAUUUCCGGAUACCAAUGUGAGUAUUUGAUACUCUCUUUAGAAUAAGGGAUUAUGUGAACAGUUGGGGAAGUUUAUUUAUUUCGUGCUCGUUAGAAAGUGCUUGAAAAGCGUUUACCUUCAUAGUCUAUAAUAUAACGCAUAACGGCGAAAUAAAUUAUUGUUAUUAUGAAUAUCUUAACCUAAGUAUUACCGAAAAAGAGUGCAGGGUAAUGCUCCGUAACUGAAAAUAUUCCGACGAGGUAUCUGACGUGUCCUCGCCGCUUCUCUCGAUAAGGACAAUACUACUAAAAAAAAAAAAGUUUUAGCAUAAAAGGAUCAGCAUUAUAUGUAUUAUAAUUACGCUUAUGUUUGAAAUAUGAUUAGAUAUGCCUGUAAUUACUUUUAUAAUUUAGCAUAGUUCGCUCAUCUGUCGCGCGCAUGCUAUUGCGUAUUUUAUACAUCGCGUAAACAUCGAGGGUUUUCUCGAUACAAUUUUUGAGCUAAAUAUUUCAGCUAUAUGUAUACUCAAUCACAUAUUAAUUUAUUUAAUAUUUUCUGCUUGAUUUAUGUGUUAGUCAUUAACGUGUCUAACGCGCAUUUGUUGAGAAAAAGUGGAGAAAUAUUGUGUUCUUUACGAAUUAUAAUCCGACAUUAAUUUCUAUACAUUUACCGUUUCGCAAAUUAUACCAUAUAUAUUUGAUUCAUGCGUAUAAGAGCAUUAUUAAUAUUAGAUAUAGAUUUUUAUUUUAUUUUAAAGUUUUAAUUUUAAAGUUAUACGAUUAUGUAGUAAAGAAAAUGUUAUAUUCAUGAAGCAUGUAAAAGAAAGGGAUAGCAUGAAUCAUAAUUAAUUAUGGAAUUUUUUCAAGGUAAAAAACAUAAUUUAGGCCUAUUUAUGUUUUUUUUGCGAAACGGAAUAUUUUUAGCAAUUUUUGUGAAGAAAUUGCGAGAUUGUAAUCAAAUCUAGUUUAUGACUACGCACAAAUUUAAUGCGCGGUUCGCUUUUGUUACGCGUUUGCGAUUCGAUGCGUAUAUCGAUAUUGCGAACGAGAGAUUUAAGGUUUUGAGUAGCGGGGGAGGGGGGAGACAUACCUAACAGCAUUGAUAUAUUAAAAGGAGUUACACUUGUGAAUAAUUCAGUAAAAUAUAUUCCUUUGCGCAAAGUGGCCUGUUAGGUGACGGGUGGAUAAAAAACAAAACUCUGAAAAAAGACAUUUCCAUAUUUUUUUUUACACACAUUAUAUAUAUACAUAUACUUUUAGAUGCGAUUAAUGUAACGACGUGACUCGCUGCCUGUUUAUAAAUAUUACGUAAUGCGAUUAAUCUAUUAACAACUUCUCAAUUUUUGUUUCUUUUUUUCACUUACCGAGAAGUGCUCUAUCGAUGCUAAUAACAAUUAUCAUUAUGAAAAUGAUGAUGAUGACGUAGUGGUAAAGAGAAAUAUAACAGACACACGCACACGCAUAAGAAAGCAAAAAAGAAAAUAUAUUCUCGACCCAUUUCUUUUCUAUUUUUUAUUUCCGUGGCGACUGUUGCACACUAUGUAAAUGUAAAAAGAAUGUAAAUAUAACAUUGGCGCAACAAUGUUGUGUGACUCGUACACGCGUGCGCAUGUUCUUCUCUUCACGAUCGUAUUUUCUAAUCGAAAUCGCGGUUUUCGCGGUGAAAAGGAAUCCUAUCGAUUGCUUACGUGUUCUCCCGGUCAAUGCCUAAAUUAACCCUCGAGCGGCCGCGUCUGAAAAAAGAAGACGAGUGGGCGUGUUGCCGCGCGUUACCUACCGUGCUCUCGUUGAGAUAUCGGUUAUGAAAUUUCCUCAAAUAAAUCACCGGUGCGUGCUUUAUAUUUUCGUGACGUUCGUCGAAAGCGCGAGACCACAAGCAAAGCGACCGGAGCUCACUGCAUGCAAGUCCUGAUUUCACCGUCGAGAGCGAAACAUCGAAAGGAGAACACAUACCACAUGUGGGACAAUGUGUGCUCGUCGUCUGCGUGUGUUCCAGGGUUAAACAUAGCUACUUAGCCACAUAGCGAUACUGAUAGGGUUUUCCCGAACGGGAAUAAUACGUCAGCUCCGAUCCUCCAGUGUCAAUUUACAGACGCGAUGUGUAAUAUAUCAAGCCGAUAGGUUUCGGGAGAAUUCGGUGUGGAAGAGCCGACAGCUUUGUGCAUGCUCCGCUGAUAAGGCUUACGAAGUAUCUUUCGGCAUGGUGCUCCGAUGCGCGUGGUCUGUAAUAGACAUGUAAUUUAUACGAGAGGAUACGUCCCACGCAGGGGAAUAGUUGGAACGAUUUCUGCCGCAAUUUUUAUAACGCUCCGGACUUAUCCUUCUUGACAUGCGUAACCGCGCGCUUGAAUUGGCUGUUGAUCGUUGUUGUAGCUGGUAUAAAUGCGUUUCUGCUGAAGCCCGAGAACGAGAAACAACAGGAAUAUACGUAUAUCGGUGGUGUAUGUGUCUCGUGCGUGUGUGUGCAUGAUGUGUGAGAGAAAAAGAAAGAGAGAGAGAGAGAGAGAGAGAAAAUCACGUUGUCAAAGGAUGUGUAAAGUAUCAAAGUGAUGUUUCUCUACCAUAA